AUGCUCAUCAAGCUGUCACUGCAGUCGGGGCGGCACGGGCUGGAUCUGUACCUCUCUCGGGCUCUGUGCUUGAUUUUGGGUCGGAUAUUUCGUACUGAUGCAUCCCUCGCUGGCCAGCAGCUCAAUGCCUGGAAGUGGGAUGCUCUCCGGCAAUGGAACGGACUCGUCAUCGUACUGAGAGUUGCCAACGGAGAGCCAUGGAGCGACAAGGCGAUAAGGGAUACGAUCGAUAAUGAGAACCCUGGCAAAGUCGAUGACUGGGAGUGCUUCGCACUAGUUAGCGCUCCUGACUGGCCGCAAUCAAAGGUUUGUUUCCGGGCGUCGACCGUAGUUACACGACUAUCUGAUUUGCAAAGGCCAGUAGUUAACUACUCUGUGGAUGUGAUGAUGAAAUAA